AUGGUCAUUCACUCCUCAUCCGCCAUGUUGAACGACGACGAUACCUGGGCAUGCACCGAUUCUACAGACCACUCCUCUUCUCUCGGGGUCCAACAAGCUACCUCGGUUGGCAUGGAGACCAACUUUGAGAACCACGACUCUACCGACCCGUCUUUCCCGGCACGACAGGGAUUGUACAACCCUGAAGAGGAGAGGGACGCCUGCGGGGUCGGUUUCAUCGUCCAUAUCAAGGGAAAAGGGAACCACAAGAUCGUCAGCGAUGCUCGGGGAUUGCUGUGUAACAUGACCCAUCGAGGUGCUACCGGUGCUGAUUCAAGAGAUGGAGAUGGAGCCGGAGGGAUGUACGGAAUCCCUCACAGAAUGUUUAUCCGAGAAACCCCUCAUUGUUUCCUCCCCCGACUGCCUUCCAACGGGACCUAUGCUACGGGGAACGUCUUUUUCUCCAAGACCGCCCACGGCGAGCAACGUCAGAAGCUCGAACAGAUCGCCGAUGAGCUCGGUAUGCGGGUCCUCGGAUGGAGAGAGGUACCUACGGACGGGUCCAUCUUGGGUCCCAGUUCAAAGAGCAGAGAACCCAAGAUCUUGCAGCCUUUCGUCGUCAUGAAGGAGCACUACGGGACGGGAGACCAUUGCGAGGAAGGACCGUUUGAUGUGAUGAAGUUCAACCGGCAGUUGUUCUUGCUCCGAAAGAUGUGUACGACCGCCAUUGGCCUUUCCAAGUCGUUCUACAUCUGUUCGUUGGCCACCACCACGAUCGUUUACAAGGGGCAACUCUCCCCCGUCCAAGUUUACGAGUACUUUCACGAUCUCAACCACGCCCUAUUCGAAUCCCAUUUCGCCCUCGUACACUCGCGUUUCUCGACCAACACCUUUCCAAGCUGGUCUCGUGCUCAGCCGAAGCGUCUUGCCGCUCACAACGGAGAGAUCAACACGGUCCGCGGGAACAAAAACUGGAUGCGAGCUCGAGAGGGUGUGCUCAAGUCGGAAAAGUUUGGCGACGAGCUCGAAAAGCUCUACCCGAUCAUCGAGGAAGGAGGGUCCGACUCAGCUGCAUUUGACAACGUGCUCGAGCUAUUCGUAGUCAACGGGGUUCUGACUCUGCCCGAAGCCGUCAUGCUGAUGGUGCCCGAGGCGUGGCAGAACAACGACCUCAUGGAGGCCGAUAAAAAGGCCUUUUACAAUUGGGCUGCUUGCCUUCAAGAGCCCUGGGACGGACCCGCCCUGUUCACAUUCUCGGACGGGAGGUACUGCGGCGCCAACUUGGACAGAAACGGUCUCCGACCCUGCCGGUACAUCGUUACCAACGAGGACAUCAUGAUCUGCGCUUCGGAAGUCGGUGCAAUCUACCUCGACCCGGCUACUGUCAUCAUGAAGGGUCGGCUCAAGCCCGGUAGGAUGUUGCUUGUCGACACCAAGGAAGGCCGAAUCGUCGACGACAAGGAGCUCAAGAUGACCACAGCCAAGAAGCAUCCGUUCGCCGCUUGGGCUGAGGAUCAGCUCCUGCAGCUACCCGAGAUCAUGGCCAAGGUCGCUCGACAGCAUUCGCUCAAGGUCGUGCUGGACGAGACCGAGCUCGCCAACGAUCCUCGACUCUUGGCCUUUGGUUACAGUUUCGAGCAGCUCAACCUGCUCAUGCUACCCAUGGUCAAGGACGGCAAAGAGGCCCUAGGAUCGAUGGGUAACGAUACCGCAUUGGCUUGCGUAUCGACUGUGCCUCAGAUGAUAUACGACUACUUCCGUCAGCUCUUUGCGCAGGUCACCAACCCUCCGAUCGAUCCGAUCAGGGAGAGCAUUGUCAUGUCGCUUCAAACCUUUGUUGGUCCGGAGGGCAACUUGCUCGAGAUCAAGAACACACAGAUGCAUCGACUGCAGCUCGACUCUCCGGUUCUCACCAUCGAAGAGAUGAAUGCUAUCAAGCACAUGAAGACGGCCCAUUCUGAUUGGCCUUCGAUUACCCUGGACAUCACGUUCAACAAGGGAGAAGGACUCCCUGGCUUCCGUAAUGCCCUGAACCGAGUCAGUCAGGAGGCGCUCAACGCCGUUGACGCUGGUUUCAAAGUCAUCAUCCUCUCGGACCGAAACGUCGGGCCCACUCGAGUCCCACUUUCCGACAUGCUCGCUCUUGGAGGUGUCCAGCAUUUCUUGAUCAGUCACAAAAAACGAAGCAAGGUCGCAUUAGUCGUCGAGUCCGGUGCAGCGAGAGACGUGCAUAGCAUCUGUUGUCUCGUUGGGUACGGCGCGGACGCGGUGAACCCUUGGUUGAUGCUCGAGACCAUUCACAAAGUCGAGCGGGAAGGGCUCGCCAAGGAAGGCCAGACUGCCAACGAGCUCAUCGACAACUACCGCAAGGCUAUGGACAAUGGUAUGCUGAAAGUGUUUUCGAAGAUGGGAAUCUCGACCCUGGCAUCGUACAAGGGCGCCCAGAUUUUUGAAGCUCUCGGUCUGCAUCAUGAAGUUAUUAGUCAGUGUUUCGCUGGAACGGCUUCUCGAGUCGAGGGUGCGACGUUCGAGAUCCUGGCCAUGGACGCAUUUGCCACUCAUGAACGUGGAUACCCCUCGGGUCGUCAGACGAUCACCGUCGCUGGUAUGCCAGAGACGGGCGAGUAUCACUGGCGUGACGGAGGCGAAGCGCAUAUCAAUGACCCUACCGGAAUGGCCAACUUGCAAGACGCAGUCCGACAAAAGAACCAGAGCGCUUACGAUGCUUAUUCGCGAAACGCGCACGAGCAGAUCAAGAGGACGACGCUGCGAGGUCUUUUGGACUUUGCCUACGAAAAGGCUACUCCGAUUCCGAUCGAGCAGGUCGAGCCUUGGAACGAGAUCGUUCGUCGAUUCGCCACAGGAGCUAUGAGCUACGGAUCUAUCAGUAUGGAAUCGCACGCGACUCUUGCUGUCGCUAUGAACCGACUCGGAGGGAAGAGCAACACGGGUGAAGGUGGGGAGGAUUCAGAGAGGUCGAACCCGAUUCCAGGGCCGGGUUACAACGCCCCUCGAGAACCCUACUCGCACGCCAUGGAUCUUAAACCUGUCACAGACUCAAGACGUUCCGCCAUCAAACAGGUCGCGUCCGGUCGUUUCGGAGUCACCAGCAAUUACUUGGCCGACGCCGAUGAAAUUCAGAUCAAGAUGGCUCAAGGUGCCAAGCCUGGAGAGGGUGGAGAGCUCCCUGGACAUAAAGUUUCCAUCUCUAUCGCACGUACACGGCACUCGACGCCCGGCGUCGGUCUCAUUUCGCCGCCUCCCCAUCACGAUAUUUACAGUAUCGAGGAUCUGAAACAACUCAUUUACGAUUUGAAGGCCGCAAACCCCCGUGGGCGCAUCUCGGUCAAGCUCGUAUCCGAGGUCGGAGUUGGUGUUGUAGCUUCCGGAGUCGCCAAAGCUAAAGCGGAGCAUAUUCUCAUCGCCGGUCACGAUGGUGGUACUGGAGCAUCGCGCUGGACCGGUAUCAAGCACGCCGGUCUUCCUUGGGAGUUGGGUGUGUCCGAGGCUCAUCAGACUCUUGUCUUGAACAAUCUUCGAGGCAGGGUCACUAUCCAAACCGAUGGUAACCUGAAGACCGGUCGAGAUGUCGCAUUGGCCUGUUUGUUAGGUGCCGAAGAGUGGGGAUUUGCAACCGCGCCUCUGAUUGCGCUCGGAUGUAUCAUGAUGCGAAAGUGCCACCUCGGAACCUGCCCUGUCGGUAUCGCGACUCAGACGCCAGAAUUGAGAGCCAAAUUCGCUGGUCAGCCCGAGCACGUCGUCAAUUUCUGCUUCUACGUUGCCAAUGAACUGCGAGAGAUCAUGGCCAAGCUCGGGUUGAGAUCGAUCGAAGAGAUGGUCGGACGAUCGGACCUCCUCAAAGUCGACGAGUCUCUGCGAACUCCAAAGACCGCACACCUCGACCUCUCCCCGAUGCUCAAGCCAGCGUUCGAGAUGCGUCCUGGCGCCCCCACCCACAGAAUGAAGCCGCAGGAUCACAAGAUGUACAAGCGUCUUGACAACAAGUUUAUCGACGAGGCCGAGCCUGCUAUCGAGAGCGGCAUCCCUGUUUCGAUCGACUGUGAGGUGACCAACACCGACCGAGCCCUCGGAACCACUCUGUCCUACCGAGUCUCCAAGAAGCAUGGUGAAGCUGGUUUGCCGCGCGACACGAUUCAUAUCAACAUGAAGGGUUCUGCUGGACAAUCGCUGGGUGCGUUCUUGGCACCUGGUAUCACCAUUGAACUGGAAGGCGAAGCAAACGACGGAGUCGGCAAAGGUCUAUCCGGCGGAAGACUCAUCAUCUACCCUCCCCACGAGUCUCCCUUCAAGGCUGAAGAGAACAUCAUCAUCGGUAACGUCGCCCUCUACGGAGCUAGCUCUGGUCACGCCUAUAUCAACGGUAUCGCUGCCGAGCGAUUCGCAGUCAGAAACAGUGGAUGUCUCGCUGUAGUCGAGGGAACCGGUGACCAUGGUCUGGAAUACAUGACCGGCGGUCGAGUCGUCGUACUUGGAAAGACAGGACGAAACUUUGCAGCUGGAAUGAGCGGAGGAAUCGCUUACGUCUUGGAUCUCGCGCACGACUUUGGCUCGAAAGUCAACCACGAGAUGGUUGAACUUGGAAAAGUCACUGACCCGAAGGAAAUCAGCGAGUUGAGGGAAUUGAUCGAACAGCACCGACACUUUACCGGCAGCGAGGUCGCCGACAGGGUGUUGAAAACUUUCAACCGCAUGUUGAGCUACUUUGUCCGAGUUAUGCCUCUGGAUUACAAGAGGGUUCUCGAGGAAGAGGCUGCGCGCGCUGCCGAGGAAAAGGCGAGACAGAAUGCCAUUGACCUCGUACCUUCGCAAGCGCAAGUCGACAUCUCCAGGUCUACAAGCCCUGUCAAGCAUCACGAACCUUCGGUGGGCGACGUCGAAGAUGCCAUGGUCGACACGGAGACUGCAGUCGCUCGGGGCGCCAAGUUGGACAAGGUCCGCGGAUUCAUGAAGUACAAGCGGAUGGGCGAGGCUUACAGACCCGCGCGCAAGAGGACUAAGGAUUGGAAGGAGGUCUCUUCGCGACUCAAGCCCCAGGAGCUACAGGUGCAGGCGGCAAGGUGCAUGGAUUGUGGUGUACCGUUCUGCCAGUCCAACUCGGGCUGCCCCAUCUCCAACUUGAUUCCGUCUUGGAACGAACUCGUUUUCAGGGACGACUGGCACUCGGCUUGGCUUCGUCUGAAAGCUACGAACAACAUGAGUUGGGCUACCGGCCGAGUCUGUCCUGCGCCUUGUCAGUCAGCGUGUGUCGCCGGGAUCAACGGCGCUCCCGUCGAGAUCAAGAGUAUCGAGUGUGCCAUUAUCGACCGCGCCUAUGAGGAAGGCUGGGUCCAACCGGAGCCUCCUCAGAACAGGACGGGCAAGAAGAUUGCCGUCAUUGGAUCUGGACCCGCUGGUCUUUCAUGUGCGGAACAGCUCAACAAGGCCGGUCAUCUGGUCACCGUGUACGAGCGAUCAGAUGCUAUUGGAGGGCUCCUGUACUACGGCAUUCCCAACAUGAAGCUCGAGAAGCGAUUCGUCGACCGACACGUCCAGAUGCUGCGUGACGAGGGUAUCAAUUUCGUCACCAACGCGAACGUUGGGGUCAAUGUCGACAUCAAUCAGCUCAAAGAGGAAAACGACGCCGUGGUUCUCGCCAUCGGCUCGACCGUCGGACGAGACCUGAGGCUCCCUGGCAGGGAGAGCGAAGGAAUCUACCAAGCCAUGGACUUUUUGACCAAGAACACUAGCGAGCUUACCAAGAACGACCAAGAGCUCAAGGACAGCAGCAGAUACAUCGAUGCCAAAGGACUCGACGUCAUUGUCAUCGGAGGAGGGGACACCGGUAACGACGUUCUGGGUACCUCGGUCCGUCAGGGCGCCAGGUCGAUCGUAAACUUUGAGUUGCUCCCCGAACCUCCUGCGACCCGUGCUGCCAACAACCCUUGGCCGACCUUCGCCAGGAUCAAGCGUACCGACUAUGGUCACGCCGAAGUCAUCGCUCACUGGGGCAACGACCCGAGGGAGUACUGCAUCUCGACGACCGAUUUCGUAAAGGACGAAGAGACUGGCAAACUCAAGGGUGUCAACACCGUCAAGGUCGAGUGGACCCAAAAGGGCGGUCAGUGGUCGAUGGAGAAGAUUCCCGGAUCCGAAAAGUUCUUCCCGGCCCAGCUCGUCUUGCUCGCCCUGGGUUUCGUCUCGCCCGAUCAGAGUCUCCUCGCUCAGCUCAAGCUGAAGGCCGACCCGAGAUCCAACAUCCAAACUCCGGAGGGCUCUUAUGCCAGCAGUGUCGACGGUGUCUGGGCGUGCGGAGAUGCUCGUCGAGGUCAAUCCUUGGUCGUCUGGGCGAUCAACGAGGGUCGACAGUGUGCUCGAGAGAUCGACUUGUUCCUCGAACACGACACUCGAUUGGCCGCUACCGGCGGAAUCAUCAAACGCAGCUGGGUGCCCCCUCCCAUCUCCACUGACGGCACGGCUAGCGGCAGCGGCAGUGAAAGUGGGGAUGCCGGCUCGGUCGACUCUGGCUUCGAUUCGACCGUUGCGAGCGAGGUCUUGGUUUAAGUUUUUCAUUCUCAAAAGAGGUAUAUAUUUCUGGUGGUCUUGUACGUGUGUCCGUCAUAUAGGUGUUGUGUAGACUUCCAUUUAACUGUGUUAUUGUAUGUACGAGUAUUUACGAUGCAGCUAGCGAGCAAUCUUCCCUGCGGCUGUCUCUCGGUCUGUCUUUCCAUCGAUACAACGUGUCCCAUCGAAACAGCUUUUACAGGCCGAAUGCUUUCGUCUGCACGAUCUCGCUAUGAAUGACUUUCUCGAAUGGGAGAC